AUGUUACAAUUGAACCGUAUAAUCUUCUCUCUUCUCGUCUCAAGUUUUGUCUUUGAUCAAACUUUUUCAGCCCCGACCAAUUAUUUAGAGCACCAAACCAAACAGCUUUUGACUAGAGAUCCCUCAAAGGGUUAUGGUUUUGCAAUUGAUGAAACUGAAGGAACUCAAGAACCUCAAGAACCGGGCCUGAACAGACGCAACGUUGACGAGUUGAGCGUACCAGCGACACUCGAAACUGCCGAUGGGAAAACCACUAGUGCUACAGAAUCCGCUGUAGAACAUACAGUAGAUGAUGUACCGGAAAUGAAAGGAGAUGACCAUCUCGCCGGAAACACCGAAAAUCAAAUGCAAAAGAGGGAUACUCAAGACGUUUCCGAAGCUGAGACUGAUAUGAAGACGGAAAAGGAUGAAGUUGAAGAAUAA